ACCGGUCAACGCAUCAUGCACAGCGCCAAUUGUUUCCGCUUCCUUUGGGAGGCGCUAUUUCCCCAUUUCCCCAACAAGCUUGCGACGCGUCUCUUCUACGCGUGCGCACAAAGUCUUUCGACCCUCAAACCCGGAUGUAACCAACGCCUAACCUGUCGGAAGGAAAAAACGAUGCAGACUAUAAAAUGUGUAGUUGUUGGGGAUGGUGCAGUGGGAAAAACCUGCUUACUCAUCUCCUACACAACCAACAAAUUCCCCUCAGAAUAUGUGCCUACGGUUUUUGACAACUAUGCAGUGACGGUGAUGAUCGGGGGGGAGCCUUACACACUAGGCCUUUUUGACACUGCAGGUCAGGAGGAUUACGACAGGCUGCGUCCUCUCAGCUACCCACAGACAGACGUGUUCCUUGUGUGCUUCUCUGUCGUCUCCCCGUCAUCAUUUGAAAAUGUCAAGGAGAAGUGGGUUCCUGAGAUUUCCCACCAUUGCCCUCGCACGCCAUUCCUGCUAGUUGGCACUCAGGUGGAUCUACGGGAGGACAGCAACACCAUCGAGAAACUGGCCAAGAAUAAACAGCGUCCCCUGUACCCCGAGAGUGCUGAAAAACUGGCGCGGGAGCUCCGAGCUGUCAAAUACGUGGAGUGCUCCGCUCUCACACAGCGUGGCCUCAAGAACGUGUUCGACGAGGCCAUCCUGGCCGCCUUGGAGCCCCCCGAGACCAAAACCAAGAGGAAGUGCGUCCUGUUAUAGACGAGCAGCAGUCGCAGACCAAACAGAAUAAGUAAUCGCGCAAGGGGGGUGGGGCGAAAUCAAAAACAUCAGUGAGUUCAAUGGCCAAUCGAGACAAUGGGGAAGGUACAAAGAGACUUAAAAGGGGAAUGUGGUGGUGACUGUGCCUUCAAAAAUAAAGAGUUUAAAGGUCAGUAGUGUGCAGUACAGUAAACGCGGGUAGUUCAGCCGUCUCCUUCUCAUCGCUGAAAGUGCAGUGUUCUCCACAAAUGGGGCAGGAACCCUCCACCUCCCUUUAAAGAGAUGUUUAUUAUUAUAUAAUUGCUUUUGACUCACGUGGCCUCCUGGGGCAUCUUCCCCAGUUAGAUGGAGUGAAAAAAAAAGACAAAAAAAGUAGUUUUUAGUCAAGGGGCAACUUAAUGAUAAGUGGUACUCUUAUCUUUUUUGACUGAUUUGAAUGAUGGAAGCACAAGAGGUUGAAUACACUCCAAACAACGGUAGUGCUCUGCAACUGCUACUUCCUUCCUUCCACUCAGUGAUUAGUGUGGAGGCCAUUUUCACUUUUUUUUUCCCUACUGCGGGUGACUUAAAAGAAUUUCUAUUUUAUUCUUUCUUUGUGUAUAUUGCAUUGAUUUAUGUGACUUUAUUUUGGGACCUUUCAAGCAGUAAUUUGUUUUCAAUUUGAAACUUGGUUUUAUUUUUUUUUUUGAGUACCAACAGGGCGAUUGAUACUGCAAAAUGAAAAUUGAGCUGUAAUAUUUUGCAUAGAUCUUAAUCUCGAGUGAUUGAGAUGUUAGCCUUUGCUAGUUAAAUUCGUGGGAGUUUGUAAUCGCAUAUUUGUAAUAAAAUGGUUUAACUGA